GUUGUCCACAAUCUUAUCCAUCCAUCCUCGCAUCCACCAGCCGAGUCGACUCGAUACAGCCAGCAGCGACACUGCAUCGCUACGUGCUACCAGCGAGCUCAUAGCCCUCUACGAGCGGCGCCACCCCCGGCUCUCGACGGGCACUGCCAUCUCGCCGCCGCCAGCGCGCACGACGCGACCCCCCUGCGUCGGCCGACACCGACAGCGAUCGCCUGCGACUAGCACCACCAGCCACCAGCCAUGAACACAUACUACCUCUCCGAGGGGCUGUACCCGCAGUCGUUCAGCAACGGGACGUACUCGUCGCCUACGAGCAACACGAGCAGCCCGGCGACCGGCGCAGCGGGCACGGGCGUGGGCAUCAUGCCGUCCGCCGUCGGCGGGGUGGGCAGCGCCGCGCUCGCCCAGCAGCAGAUGUUACAGCAUGUGCAUGCGCAGGCGGCGGCACAGCACCAGGCGGCCGUGCACCACGCGCAGAUGCAGGCCGCGGCCGCGUCCAGCAGCGCCGCCGCGGCUCCGCCCCAGUCUGCGGCUGCCGCCUCGGCGCCGCCGCUCACCGGCCCCCUCGUCCACCCACACCAGGACCUGAACGACUUUUUGGAGAGCUUCUGGACGCGCCAGAUGGACGGCGUCGAGCGCGAGACGCCAGACUUCAAGACAUACAACCUGCCGCUAGCGCGUAUCAAGAAGGUGAUGAAGAGUGACGAGGAGGUCAAGAUGAUUUCGGCCGAGGCCCCCAUAAUGUUCUCCAAGGCCUGCGAGAUCUUCAUCUCGGAGCUGACGUGCCGCGCGUGGCUCGUGGCAGAGGGGCACAAGCGGCGGACACUGCAAAAGUCGGACGUGGCGGCCGCGAUUGCCUUCAGCGACGUGUUCGACUUUUUGAUCGACAUUGUGCCGCGCGACGGCGAGGAGGCGGCCGCUGGAGCGGCACCGGCCGCGCCGGCUGAGGCCGCGGCCGACGGCGAGGCGGCGCCGCAGGGCGGUGCGGGCGACGAGUGGGCGCCCGACGCCGAGUACGCCGACGACGCUGGCGGCGACGUGUACGACUACGACGACGGCGAGGGGCGCGAUGGCGAGGCGCUGUACUCUGAGUAUGUGCAGGGCGAGGGCGAGGCGUUUGGAUAAGCGGCGGGCAGGUGGGCGAGCGGGCGAGCGGGCGAGGUGAGCGUGAUGAGAGAGGGGGAUUAGGCCACGGCGACACCGACCACACCAUGUAGACCACACCGCACAUGCAUAGGGGUCAUUUAGAGAACA